GCUGUCGGGCAGAAAAUGUGGGGCUUCUGAACCGUUGAUGUCACUGGAUAUCAAUCAACCCUUACCCGGUCUGGAGGAUAAGGAAAAGGAGGAGGGUGAGCAGGGGGAGAAGGACAUGCGACAACGAGAGGAGGAGGAGGAGGAGGAGGAGGUAAUCGAGGAGGCUGAGGGGGGCGCAACCACAGUCAACGCGGCAUGCUGUGACGAUGCCGCCGCACGCAUCUCGUCGGGAGAGGUGAGGGCGGAGGGGGAGAGGGAGAGGGAGAGGGAGAGAGUACUACCCUUUCCCAUUCUUUUGACGGGGGUAGAGGGGGAAGACCACCGGGGGAAGGGCUGGUUUCUUAACCAGGACAGUCGUCGGUCAUCCACCCACCACCACCACCAUCACUCUUACCCGUCCUCUCCCUGUCCCUCUCCCUCUCCCUCUCCCUCGAUCAGAUGUGCCAGCAUCAACGGCGCUGGCGAGGCCGAGGGUGUUGUUGCAAUGGGAGGGAAGGAGUCGACGGGCCGCUCGACCAGACUGCUCGGUCACAGCAAUCGGGCUGUCGUCGCUAUGGGGGAAGCUAUGGCCGACGCGACUGCGAUGGCGAUGGCGACGGACACAGCCUCGGGAGCCAACGGGGUUUACGGUACGGGUGCUGCUGGAAGUGGAGGUGGAGGCAUCGUAGGGUUAGCUCCGCCUUCGCGGAUUAGCAUGCUGACGAAGCUUGGAAUCGCCACGGGCGUGGGCGACGUGCUGACGUGGAAGCAUAGCAAGGAAGGCUUAUCCAAGGCGGAUCAUGUCAAUCUCAGGCCACGUGGCACGGAUUCGUGUUUGGCGCCAAAUUCGCCUGAGAAAGUAGGGGACGGACGUGUGGCUCGAUCCGCGGUCGUGUGGGGGGAUUGCUCGACAAACAGGGCCGCUCUUCAGGAGGCGAAGAAAUGGGAGAGGGAGAGGGUGAGGGAGAGGGAGAGGGAGAGGGUGAGGGAGAGGGAGAGGGGGGAGGGGUUAUUCUUCCCGAGAGCGAGUGUGGUGGAACAGCCGAUUGUCGGGACCUCGACCGUCAACGCGGCUCGAUACCCGACGGCGAUGGCGCGCAAUGUGGCAGACGAGAACGACCGUGCUCACUUCUUCUGGGACGCUGCUGCUCCUCCUCCUCCUCCUCCUCCUACUGGGCAUCAUCCCCAUGGUUAUUCCUCGGCUGCUGCGCCUCCCUCCUCGCUACCCUCCUCCUCCUUAGCCGCGGCCGCCAGCUCGGCGUCACCGGGAUCGCGAUCCUUGCAAUCAUCCGUCUGCGAGAGCGCGGAGCUGGGGCGGAAAGGUGGUGGCGGUGCGAUGAUGGGUAGAAUUAGCCAGGCAUCCUCGACGUCCACGACGGCCGUCGUUGGAGCGAUGGUGUCGUCGUUGGCAGCGAUGAACGGGGGCGCCGGAGAGGACGACACGUGUCAAAGGCGGACCCUGAGUUCUGAUUCCCCGCCUUACGCGCGCGCGAUCGGCUCUUUUUCCGGCGCCGCGCAGACCACAACGCCACCUGCGCCCGCGCAGGACGACGGACUGACGCUCAGUCUCAUGGGCGGGGUAAGGAGGGGGGGGGCAGACAGCAUACGAAGCAGCAGCAACAACAGCAGGGCUGCUGCUGCUGCUGCUUCUGGGAACGCCUUGAGCGGGCGAGUGACCAUGCCAUCUCCACCGAGUCUUUUGUCGUCUUGCUGCAGCGAUUCGGCGGCGCGAAUGACCGGAAUGGAGGCGGAACGAAGCGGACAAGGCAUGGGGGCGGAGCAGCUCGGGAGCAGUUUGUCGGGAAGGGGGCACGAAUCGUGGGGCGACAGACCAGGGGGGCAGGAAGGAGGCGCAGGAGGAGGAGGAGGAGGAGGUGGUCGAGUAGGAGGGGGCGGAGGGGGGACGCAUCGAGACCCCGACCUGGACGAGGAACUCGACCAAGAACAUGAGGAGCAGCAACACCCGCGUAGACAAACCUUCUCCGGUCCCGAUCCCGAUCCCGCCUGCCUACUGAGCGCUCGUCGAUGCAGCGGCAUGCUGCCGGAGCGGGAAAGCCGGGGCGGUGGCCGGCUGGAGCAGCAGCAGGGGGGCGGGGGCGGGGGCGGAGCCCUAUGCCAACGUGGAGAGAGGGAGAGAGAGAGGAGGGGGAAGAGUAUCCCCGCAGCAUUGGCGGAAUGGCCGGCGGAGGUCGGCGCGUGCCAGCCCGUGGCUCGAGCAGUGGAAUUCGUAAAGCAGGAAACGCAUCCGCGGGACAACGAUGAUCAGGGGAGUGGGAGGAGUGCGACUGCCAUGGACAUGGUGGUGGGUGGGGGGCUCCUGCAAAACACACAGCGGGCAGAAGAGGAGGUCGGACUCGCCGGACGACGAGGAGGAGGAGGAGGAGGAGGAGGAGGAGGAGAAGGUAUAAGGGAGGACUGGGGGAAUCAACAGCAGCACACCAGCCAUUCUUAUCAUCAUCAUCAUCAGAAUAUCCCUCAACAUUAUCCGCAGCAGAACCGCCAACAUUAUCCACAACAUCGAGCGAAGAGUGAAGAGGACCAGCAGCAUUUCCACGGGCCUGGCAUGGGGGACGUGGGGCCGGUGGGGGUCCAAGCACCGCCGUCGAGAUUUGAGGUGAUGGGUUCCUUGUUCGAGCGGCAGCUGCGCUUGUCGUUCGGAGAAGAGGGAAGGGGGGGAGGAGGGGGAGGAGGGGCAGGAGGGGCAGGAGGAGGAGUAGGCGGAGGGAGACUCGACCACCUGCAUGCGCAGUUACGUGAGGGAGCGGAGCUGGACCUCUUCGGAAUGCGGCGGAGCGACUUCUUUGCGCCGUCGUCGACCAUCGGAAGGCCUGGCUUUCUUCCAGCAAUUGGAGAACCAGGAGGAGGAGGAGGAGGAGGAGGAGGAGGAGGAGUGGGAAGAGGAGAGAGGGGUGUACAUGGAGGAGAGGGGGUAUCAGAGGCAACACAUCCGCAGGAAAGUCGCAGUAGGCGCAGCAAUGGAGAGGAGCCGUUCCUUUCAGAAGAGCACAAAGUGAACCUGCAGGCGCUCUCGUUCGGCAAUUACGAGAAGAAGAAAGGACGCCCUCACGUCGUCAGAGGAGCUGUGCAUUAUGAUUCUGGCAUUCGAUCCGAUCCUCUUUGCUAGUGGGACCUCGGCCCCGGGAUGAGGGAAUGCAGCCGAAUUUUUAUUUUUUAUUUUAAAAAUUAAAAUGAAUUUUGUUGUCGUCA